AUGAGGGCAAGACCGUCAAAGAGGUACAAAACUUACUCCGAUCCUCAGUCCAUUGCCGCACCAUUCAAAGAUGGAAAGCUCUUUAUCUUCGCACAUAUUCUGUCGUACGCGAUCCGUCAACUUACGAGAAACUGGGACGAACAUCAAUAUUGA